UUAAACAUUUUUAAUCACUGUCAGAAAAAAAAAAUAAUGGAGCUCAAAAUACUGCAAUUGCUACUUUUUCUGUGCAUGAAUCUAUUGGUUUCUGGAGUUGGGGCUGCUGCUCAAGUUAGGUGCAUAGAGAGGGAGAGACAAGCUCUUCUCAAGUUUAAGGAAAGUCUUACAGGUGAUCUUAGUGGGUUAACGUGGGGAAGUGAAGAAGAUAAAGAGGAAUGCUGCAAUUGGUAUGGCGUGGAAUGUAGCGUCACUGGUCACGUAAUCAGGCUCGAUCUAUCUGAUAAGCAUUUAAGAGGUACGAUAAGUCCUGCACUGCAAGAGUUGCAGCACUUGAAGUAUUUGUCCCUCACAAACAAUAAUAUGACAAUCGAUAAUCUUAAUUGGCUUUCUGAUGUUCCUUUGUUAUCUUAUCUUGACUUGAGCGGUAUUAAUCUUAGAAAUGUAACCAACUGGAUACAGCCAAUAACGAAGCUCUCUUUACUCGAGAAAUUGUACUUGUCAGGUUGUCAACUCCAUGACAAUCUGCCUGCCUUUGAUUUCUUCGCAAAUUCUUCUUCGUCCUGCCUUUCUGAUCUUUAUUUAUCCGACAACAAUCUCACUUCCUUUUCCACAUUGGAGUCAUUGUUUAACUUUAGUAGAAUUCUUUCCCACUUAGACCUCUCUUAUAAUCAGCUAGACGGUCCUGUUCCUGGAACUUUAUUCAAAUUGCAUUUUCUCGAGGAGCUUAAUUUGGAAGGUAAUCUACUCCAUGGAGGGGUUCACAAACCUUUGGAGAAUUUAAGUCAUUUGCACUCACUAGAUAUUUCAUUCAAUAAACUAAAUUUACCUCUUGCUCAUUUAUUUCAAAACCUAUCAGAAAUAAUGUCACUGCAGUGUAUAUAUUUAUCCAACAAUCAACUUGUUGGCCCCUUGCCAGAUAUCACCAGAUUUUCGUCCUUAAAAGAGUUGUACCUUGGUAACAAUCACUUGGAUGGGCUUCACCCACAAAGCUUCAAUCAAGCUUCAAGUCUUGAAGUUUUAGAUCUAUCUUACAAUCAACUUGUUGGCUUCUUGCCAGAUAUCACCAGAUUUUCAUCCUUAAAGGAGUUGUUCCUUGGUAACAAUCAAUUGGAUGGGGUUCAACCACAAAGCUUCAAUCAAGCUUCAAGUCUUGAAUUUUUAGAUUUGUCUUACAAUCAACUUGUUGGGUCCUUGCCAGAUAUCACCAGAUUUUCGUCCUUAAAAAAGUUGUACCUUAGUAACAAUCACUUGGAUGGGCUUCAUCCACAGAGCCUUCAUCAACCUUCAAGUCUUGAGAGUUUAGAUCUCUCAGGAAACCAAUUGAAAAGGCUACCCGAAGCUAUUGAGCAUCUUUUAAAUCUCAAAUAUUUAAAUCUCUCUUCAACUUCGCUGGAAGGUACAAUCACCGAACACCACCUUUCAAACCUUACCCAAUUAACAAAAUUGGAUUUGUCUUCUAAUAAUGUUUCUUUCAGCUUCAGCUUCGAUUGGAUUCCGCCCUUCCAGUUGCAAAUACGUCUCAGUCAUUGUAAUAUGGGGCCUUAUUUUCCAAAUUGGAUUCGAACACAGAAUUCUCUUAGUGAACUCUAUCUCUCUUUUGCUGGUAUAUCCGACACAUUACCUAAUUGGUUGUGGAGUAUGACUUCUAUACAGUUAUUAGACCUCUCACAUAAUAAUAUUAGGGGCAGGAUAUCUGAUUUGGCCUUAAAGUUGAAUCAUUAUGGGCAUCUAGAUUUAAGUCAUAAUAAUCUUUCCGGCCCAAUUCCAAUAUCAGUUUUUCAAUAUUCAACAACAGUCGGGAUCGAGACCCUUGUUCUCUCAGAUAACCAAUUAGACGGAGAGCUUCCUGAUUGCUGGAUGAACUUACAUGAUCUAAGUGUUCUGAAUUUGGCAAAUAAUAAGUUCACGGGUAAACUUCCCCCUACUUUAAGCACCCUGAAGCGGCUUACGAUAUUGCAUUUGGGCAACAAUAAUUUCACAGGUGAAUUGCCUUCCUCUUGGAAGAAUUGCACACAGUUGAGAAAGUUAGAUGUUGGAAGAAACAAGUUAACAGGUACAAUUCCAGCAUGGAUAGGAACACACUUAACAAAUUUGGCUGUUCUUAGCCUUCGAUUUAAUAGUUUACAUGGAUCCAUUCCUCCAACAAUUUGCUACCUUACCGAUAUUCAUGUCUUGGACCUUUCUAGAAACAACAUUUCGGGAAAAAUUCCACAAUGCAUAAACAAUUUUACUUCUUUGGUUCUGAAUGAUGGUUCAACUAUUCUCGAAUAUAAUCCUUUUCUAUAUGACUACGGGCGCCCACGAGACGACGAUGACAAUGCUUUGGUUCUAUGGAAAGGACAAGAAUUUGAGUAUGAAAGACUAAGAACUUUGAAAGGCAUUGAUCUUUCUAGCAAUAAGUUAGUUGGAACUAUUCCUCAAGCAUUUUGUGAUUUGAGAGGUUUAGUUUUCAUCAACUUAUCAAGAAACCAGUUAACAGGGAAUAUCAUUUCAUGCAUUGGUCAAUUGGACACAUUGGAAUGGCUUGACUUAUCUAGAAACAAACUUUCUGGGGAGAUUCCGAAUGGCCUGGCAAAUCUACAUUUUCUCAGCGUUUUAGAUUUAUCAUACAAUAAUCUGACGGGGAAGAUUCCACUAAGCACUCAACUACAAAGUUUUGACUCAUCUGUGUACGCUGGGAACAACCAACUCUGUGGGGAUCCAUUGGUGGAGUGUCCUCGUGACCCUUCUGUGACUCAUAAUGGAAAGGUAAAUGUAGUUGAAGAAGAUGAUAGGUUUAUAAAUCGAGAUUUCUAUAUCUGCAUGGCAUUUGGUUUCAUUAUUGGAUUCUGGGUAGUUGUUGGUACUCUAAUCCUCAAACAUUCAUGGAGGCAUUCCUAUUUCAAAUUCUGGAAUAGUGUUAGAGAUUGGAUGUACGUGACAACAACAAUCUACGUGACAGGAUUUAAGAGGAAAUUUAUGUCCUAAAGGUGCCCCUUUUUGGAAAAGUAAAUGGCUGGAGUGGUGCACGCAUUGUGACUAAUGUUGCUCUUUAAUCUAAUUGAAAACGUUAUCAUGUUUUCUUAAUAUUUGCAAAAAUAAAAUCAGUUUGUGAGUUACCAGUCA